AUGAAACCAUUUUAUACACCCCCAAUUAAUAGUGAACUCUUUGAUGGAAAGCAAGCAUUAAAGGAAUCAUAUAACUAUGAAGAAACUUCUAGGUCACCAACUUCAAGUACCUAUACCAAUACUGAUUUAGUGAAUGGGAUAUUAAGAAAAGAUACUACUUUAAACAGUAAUCUAUCCAGUUCAUCUGAGAAGGAAAUAUUGACAUCCACAAAAAUUGAAAGGAUUAGAUCUGAAAUCCAAGAAUUACCUGUUGAGCUGACAAAAUAUAUUGACCUUUUUAUAACUGAUUUGAAACAGCCAAAAUAUGUCAGUCCUUUGUCCAUAUCACAGUUAGUUUCUAUAUUUCAGUCUUUUUAUACAGAGUUUGAUAAAUCUGUAUACGUGUAUUUAAUGACUCUAUCUGUCAAUUCUACAAAUACGUUUAUCAACGCAAGAGAAGCUCUUAGUUCUGGGUUAAACAGUAUAUUUGCAAGAAGUAGAAGUAACAGUGCAACAAGCAACAUUAAUAGAAACAAAAGCAAAAGAUCAUCAUCUUUAUUUAGUGCUAGUUCUUUUACAAAUAUGAAUAACGCAACCCCAUUAUUAUCACCAGAAGAAAUUGAUCAACAAAUCAAACAAAAUGCUAUAAUCAAUGUCAAAUGCACGAGAUAUUUAGAGUUAUGUGAGAGAGGUGUUUUCAAUAAACUGAUAGAAGUUGGGACCUCAGCAACCCCAGUUGAAAUAAUGAAUAGUACUAGUAAUAACAAUCAAUUGAAAAAUAAUAAAGAACAAUUUAGUGUAAAGACAUUAUUUAAAAAUACCCCUGAAUAUAUCAAAUUUGAUAAAAGAUUAGGAGAAAAGGUUCAUUGUUUGAAUAGAUUAUACUUGAGCAGCAACACUGAGCUAACUAAAUUUCUGGGUAUAUCAGAUACUGUAAGUAUGGAUAAUAGUGAUUUGCACGAUAUUAUAAAUAAUAAUUUUACAGAUUUAAUAAUAAAAUGUAUUUCCCCUUAUGAAAAAAUUUCAAAAUUAUUAAACAUACAUAAUAUAUUAAGUCAAAAAGGUAAUGCUACAUCCAAUGAUGAUUUCUUAUCAGUUUUGAUAUAUUAUAUUAUCAAAUUAAAUCCUAAGAACAUAUUUCUUAAUGAAGAAUUUAUUAAACUUUUUAGAUACAAGAAGAAAUUAAUAGAGAGUGAGAUGUUUGCACUGACCAAUCUGAAUGCAGCUCUAAUGUAUCUUGAGGGAUUAACAUUAAAUGAUUUACCCAAUCAUCUAAAAAAUAAUUUAACUGAAGAUGAAUGUUUUUUAUUCAAAAAUAAGAUAAGUGAUAUUAUUACUUUACCCUCAACUGAAAAUACUAUAGAAGUAAUUGAGAGCCAAAAUAUACCUAAAAUCAACAAUAAAGAUUUAGUCAAUUCAAAUACUUCAAAUUUCGGUUGGACUAACUAUACGGGAGAACCAAAACUGAUAGAAAAUGAAGAUUCGGUAAUAAGAAGUAAUUCAUACGAAGGCAUAAAAUCUGUUUUGGAUGGUUCAUUGAAACACAUAAUUAGUAAAGUAAAAGCAUAUAAUCCAGUUUAUCAAGAGACAGUUGUUGGACCGUUAAAUCCAGUUAAGAAUAGCCUACAAUUGUUCGCAGAAGUUGAUAAAAAAACAGAAUCGUUACUACAUUUGGACUCAUCACCCCUUCAUAAUAAACUAAAGGAUACUAAAGUAAAUACCCAAGAAACGUUAUGUUUGAAAUGUAAAACCGAUGGUAUCACCUUGAUGGAAGAAUAUUGUAAGUAUAAAGAUGUGCCAUUCGAAAAUAUGAAUAUUUGUCAAUUACGUGAGAUGUAUGAAAUCUACCAAAAAUUAAUAGAAUGA